ACACUAUCUAUCAAUAUCAGUUAUCCCCUUCAAUUAAUCGUAGUGGGAAGACAAAGAAACAGGGCAAUGGAAACAAUUCCUCGACCCAAUUCGCUGCUCCUUCUUCUUCUCAAUUGUCUAGUCCUGUUCAACGGGUCAACCCACGGAGUGGAAUACCCGGUGACCAUCACGGCCCUCAACACCUCCGCCGGCGUCCAGCGGUUCGUGCGGCGGAUCGGGAAGAGCUACGCCAGCCGGAGGAUGGAGUCAGGAACGAACUUCAUAUGGAAAACCCUCCACCAGACAGCCGCUGGCGACGAUGGCGACCGGAAGGAUUACAGCAGGGUGGAACUGUUCAUCCAGAGCAUGAAACAACAGAGGACUUACCACGUGGACAACAGGAUCGCGAUCAAUUCCGAGUAUAUCGGCAAUUACACGGCCGGGAAUCUCAAGCGGGAGUUCACGGGCCUGUUGUACCAGCAAAUGGCGCUGGUUUGGGCCUGGGACGGCGUGGGCCAGGCUCCAGCGGGACUCGUCAGUGGGAUUGCCGAUUAUGUGAGGAUGAGAGCUCAUCUGGUAAGUCGUUCUGGAUGGGCCCGGCCCGGGGACGGGGAGAGGUGGGAUCAGGGGAAUGACGUUACGGCCCGGUUCUUGGAGUAUUGUGGCAAGUUUAAGGAGGGGUUUGUUGGGGAGCUGAACCGGAAGAUGAAAAACGGUUACUCGGAUGACUAUUUUAAGGAGCUGUUAGGGAAGAACGUUGAUAGGGUUUGGAGGGAUUAUAAGGCAAGGUACCCCAGGUGAAGGACAAGUUUCAAUUAGGGAGUUCGUGAAGAUGUGUUUUGAGCUAUAAGAAUGUAAUUUUGGGUUUUUUGUUUGUUCCAUUACAUGUUUUUUGCUGCAUCAUUGUAAUGUUUACAGGGUGGCAGGCUCGGUCAUAGUUUAUCGUUGUUGGAUUUAAGAAACUAUUAGUUGCAUUGCUAUUUUGGAUUGGAAGAUUAGUGUUAGUUAAUACAUAGUUUGAAGUCGAAAUUAUAACAACAAAAUUUAAAGAAAUAAUAACAAUCAUAAAUGAAAAGGUUAAUACCACUAAAACACCUCAGUCAUAAAAAAAAAUUUGUCAUUUGUGUUCUAUUUUAUUCGAUAUGACAAUCUUAUCUCGAACUAUUUUUCUAUUAGUGUUGACCGUUAGUAGUUAACGGCAAGUUGUCUGCUAAUUAAAGUGUUAGUUGACUAGGUUUAAAAGUUUUGUUGUAGUGAGGUAGAAUUAUUAUUCACAUAUUUCUUGAAAUUAGAAAAUAAACUCAAUUAUCUUAAGAAAACUCAAAUCCCUCGUUGCUCCAUCAUUCUCACCUCCUCUACCUCAGCAUGUAGAAUGUAUAUUGAGGACCCUGAUCUCACUUGCCAUCGCAGACCCUUUUUAAGAAGGUUCUUCCUUCAAUGAUACCUUGCCAAGUCCAAGGAGGACGGGAUCCUGCUCUAGCAUUUAGGAAAUGGUCAUUAAAGUGAUAACGGGCUUUAUAGAUUUUUGUCAAUGUAUUGUCUAGAGCUGUUAGCAGUUUCCAGGCUUGUUUACCUAACAUGGCUAUGUAAAUCGAUCAAAGUCUCUGAAUUCCAGCCUCCCUCAAAUUUACUAUUACAUACUUCAGGCCAUGAAAUCCAAUGCAUUCCUUUGUCUUUGUCUUGGUUAGCUCACCAAAAUCGGGCCAAUUGGCUAUUAAGUCUUCGACAUUGGGUAGAAGGGAUGCGGAAACAUGACAUUGUAUAGAUUGGGGUGCCGUUUCUAUCGAUUUUAUCACCACUUAUUUGGCUUCCAAUGACAUAUGUUUAGAUUUCCAGUUCUGGAUCCUGGCCGCUAAAGAGUUCUCUCAAUAUAUCGAAAGGUAAGGACUUUAGAUCGAUGGGUUUUUUUAUGGAAGCCCUAAGUAUCGAUCAUGGGUCCCUAUUUUGGCUACUCCUAGAGCAUUUGCUAAUGUUGUAGCUUCUUGUUCAGAGAUAUUGGAACUAAAGGUAACAAUCGAUUUUUGUAGGUUAACUCAUUGACCGCUUCGUGUGAUAGCAGUAAUCCCAACAAAUUUGUUAUUUCCGGUCUUGAGGCUAUAAGAAAGAGAUAUGAGUCAUCAGCAAAAAAGAGGUGAGAGGUCCCUAUGAAUGCGGAGCCCAUGUAAAGAAUAGUUUGAGAUAGCGGCUUGGAUCAUAGCCGAAAAGGCCUCUGUGUAGAUGACAAAUAAUAAUGGAGAGAGAGGGUCCCCUAGACGUAGUCCCCGCUGAGGUAUGAAAAACCCUUGCCUUGAGCCAUUCAAGAUUAUCGAGAAGGAGACAGUAGUGAUACAAGAGCGGGUCCAUUUGAUCCACUGAUAACUGAAUCCCAAUGCUUUCAUUGCAUUUAUUGGAAAUUCCCAUUCUACAAGAGGAGAUUUUUUGAAAACAAAAGUCGAGAAUGACUUAUCUCCAGUUAAGGGACUUAAAUACCCAUUUCUUCCACGAAUCCACUAUUCAAAGGAGGAAAAGCAUUAUUAAAAUUCUUAAAGACAAUAAUGGGUAUCCUCAUACAAAUGAACAAAGUAAAGCUUCAGUAAAUGUUGGCUUUUUUG